AUGAUUAUUAAUAUCUAUCUAUCUAUCUAUCUAUCUAUCUAUCUAUCUAUCUAUCUAUCUAUCCAAUGUCUCCAUAUCUGUCUAUUUUUCUCAGACUGUCCAUGUCCGAACUUCUCUCUGCCGUCUGAGGUGAUCUCUUCUCUCUGCUCACCGAACUGUUCUGCUUGUUUGGCCUGCAACUAUUCUGGCCUGCAAUUCUAUUUUCUGGCCUGCAUUUCUCCUAUUUUACUCUUUUGCUUGUCCCUGCAGCUCUUCUGCUCUUGUCUGGCCUGCAUCUUCUUCCCUAUCUGGCCUGCAAUUCUUCAGCCUGUCUGGCCUGCAAUUCUGCUACAAAAAUUUUCUUCUCUUCGACUUGGCUGCAACUUUCCAUUCGGGCCAAAAAUUCUUGCCCGGAACAACAGGGCCCGCCGUCCGCUCGCCAACACUCUGGCCUGUUAUUUCCAUAAUUUUCACGACAAUUUAUCCAUCGCAUCAUUUAUAUCUAUCUAUCUAUCUAUCUAUCUAUCUAUGUUCAUUACCUAUCUCUAUCUAUCUAUCUAUCUAUCUAUAUUCAUUAUCUAUCUAUCUAUCUAUCAUUAUCUAUCUAUCUAUGUUCAUUAUCUAUCUAUCUAUCUAUUUUCAUUAUCUAUCUAUCUAUCUAUCUAUCUAUCUAUCUAUCUAUGUGUUAUGUCCAUUUUGUUAUUAUGGGUAACGUUCCAUAACACUAUGUUCAUUACAUCUAUCUAUCUAUCUAUCUAUCUAUCUAUCUAUCUAUCUAUCUAUCUAUCUAUCUAUCUAAUGCAAUCAGUCUGUAUCUAUGUAACAGUCGUUCAAUGA